AUUGAUACUGCAACUUAUGAGUUACACUCGAACAGUACACAGCAGCACAUCAAUAUUAAAGAUGAAUUCCGCACUGCAAAUUAGCUGCCUUCUCGUUGUCCUUGGCUGCCUUUUGGGCUCAGGACACUGCCAAAGUGAAGCCGAAUUCGCGGCGAAGUCCCGAGAAAUAGCCCAGAUGUUCGGCAAUCCCUCCGUUGAUAAAUACACGAAGGCUCGCAAUUUGCCCGCGCUGCUUGCCUUUUACGAGAAAUACUCCAGUCGCCUUCGACUGACACCUCAGGAAAGGAAUAGUGUCAAUAAUGCUAUGAGGCAGUAUAAGGCACAACGAAACCAGCAAGUUGACGGAGUAUCUGCCCAGGGAGGUUGGUUGUUUGACAUCAUCAAGUCAGCUAUUUCAAUCAUUGUAAAGGCCGUUGAAUGAGACCACAUGGUGAAGCUUGUAACUUGAAAUUUCUGUCACUAAUUGUCAAAAUUGUGCAAUUUAAAUUGUAACUUCGCCAGUUCAAGUAAAAGUCAACUUUUCA